CCUUAUGCUUCUUUCGGUUGAAAUCGAUACUCUGCACGAACGACACAUUACGCACUGCGCAUCGCAACAUUAAUUCGUGUGUUUAUGCGAGAAGUAUGGGUUGGGAAAGACCACACUCAGUAUCAAAGUUGACAUGGUAUCAACAACUUCAGCAGGCUAGUACGGAGGAGGAGAGGGCGAGAACUUGAAUACAUGCUGCUGAAGCACCAAGUACAUACAUAUGACAACACUAUCCAGGAUCUCUCCCUUCCAGAACAGCAAGGUGAUCAAAGUGUAGCUUCUGGCUCCUCCCUGCCUCCCAGUUCUCGCCGCGCAGCCACAAUAGAGGCACUUGCCAAACGAGCGCGCGAGACCAAAGACACGAGACGUGUUGGACGCCGAAAAAGGGCUCAAACUACCUCGAUGGACCAGUCGCAGCCGAGUCAACAGAACCACCACUCGGAUGAUAUGAACAUCACAAUGGGUGAGGAUUCUGACAAUCUGAUGAUGUACCUAUGCCUUCCAACAAUUUUGCUGACCCAAAUGAGCCUUCUGACGAUUUUGCUGAUCGGAACGAGCCUCCCGUCCCUGAUAAUAAUAAUCAACAUCUGCCUCCUGAACAUUUCGCUGAUCAGAACAAGCCUCCCAUCCCAGAUAAUUAUUCACACAUACCUCCUGACCAUUUCGUUGAUCAGAACGAGCCCCCUGUCCCUAAUAAUGCUCCUGAAGGUGAUGGGCACCAACAGGAGUAUCAGUUCAUCUUACACCGCCAACCACGACCAAAUAUCGAUGUGGAGGCGCUUGCGCAGAUGGCGCACACAAUAACUGCCACUAUGGGCCCGCGCCGCCGGAACCGAUGGGAAUUGUGUGGCUGAAUGGUUACCCCUUGAAGUCAAUGUGCUGACCAUCAUGCUUCGAACGUUCUUU